UAUUAGUAUCCAUGGCAUUUAGAAGAGCUAUAGGGGCAGUGAAGGAUCAAACUACUAUAGGACUUGCAAAAGUGGGGAACAGCAAUUCCUUAGCAGACUUAGACGUCGCCAUUGUAAGAGCAACAAGCCAUGACGAGUAUCCAGCCGAUGAAAAGUACUACCGUGAAAUCUUCAGCUUGACUUGCUACUCUCGCAACUUUGUAGCAUCUUGUGUUAAUACCAUUUCUAGGCGCCUUAGCAAGACAAAGAAUUGGGUAGUAGCUUUGAAGACACUGAUGCUAAUCCAAAGAUUGUUGGUAGAAGGAGAUCCUGCCUAUGAGCAAGAGAUCUUCUUCACAACAAGGCGCGGAACACGAAUGCUGAACAUGUCAGAUUUCCGAGACUCACGAUCAAACUCCUGGGAUUAUUCGGCAUUUGUGAGAAUGUACGCCUUAUACUUAGAUGAGAGGCUCGAGUACAAGAUGCAAGGGAGGAGAAAGCCUCAUCACCAUAGUACACGCGCCUACUUGUACUCGAAUGAGCAGCAACAACAAGAAGAGCGUUAUCAACAAGAGCAAUAUCAAGACAAUAAUAGUUCUUCAGUUUCUAGUUCAUCUACAAGGACUCCUAUGCCUAAUUCUGACCUUACUCUAGAGCAGAUAUUGUCAAAGAUGCACCAUUUGCAACAACUUCUUGAAAGGUUUUUAGCCACCAGGCCAACAGGCUCUGCAAAGCACAACCGCAUUGUUAUAGUUGCUCUCUAUUCAGCUGUACGAGAUAGCUUUCAAAUAUAUUAUGACAUAACAGACAUAUUGGGUAUACUCAUCGAUCAAUUUAUGGAGAUUGACAUACCAGACUGUAUCAAAGUCCAUGAAAUUUUCUGCCGGAUAUCAAAACAAUUCGAUGAACUCGAUUCUUACUACCUCUGGUGCAAGGACAUAGGAGUUGUACGCUCCUCUGAAUACCCUGAUGUAGAAAGAAUAACCCAGAAGAAGCUUGAUCUGAUGGAUGAAUUUAUAAGAGACAAAGCAGCUAACGCAAAACACAAACUGGCCAUCAUGGACAGAAGAGAAGAGGAAAAAGAACCAGAACCUGUCUCACAGGAGGAUAAAGAACCAGAAGACAUGAACACAAUAAAAGCACUUCCUCCAGCAGAAGGUUUCCCACCAGAGGAAGAAGAGAAGGAACCUGAGCCAGAUAAGAAAGACGAAGAACCUGAACCUAAAGAAGCUGACCUAUUAAAUUUGGGAGAUGAUGCGCCAACAAGCGAAGAGCAUGGUGAUAAACUUGCCUUAGCAUUAUUCGAUGGAGCAAUGGGUGAUGCAUCAGGACCUGCUCCACCUCCGAUGUGGGAGGUUUUCAAUGACAAUUCAGAUUGGGAGACAGCACUAGUCCAGUCAGCUAGCUAUCUGCCCCAUCAGAAACCCUCCCUCGGGGGUGGAUUUGACACAAUGCUAUUAGAUGGCAUGUAUCAGCAAGGAGUCACAAAUGCAGCUAUAGCUGCUAAUCGCGUGGGAGGAUCGGGAAGUGCUAGCAGUGUGGCUCUUGGGUCAAUUGGCAACCCGCAGUUGCUAGCAUUACCGGCUCCACCAUCAUCUUCAGGCAGUGAUACGAUAAGCACCGGAAAUGUUGACCCGUUUGCAGCCUCAUUGGGGGUGGCCCCACCGCCUUUUGUGCAGAUGUCAGAGUUAGAGAAGAAACAAAGACGAUUGGUUGAGGAGCAGCUUAUGUGGCAACAAUAUCAAAGAGAUGGUAUGCAAGGCCAUGUUGCAUUGUCGAAGAUACAACAAAAGCCUGCCAACACAGGAGGUAAUGGCUAUGGCUAUAAUGGUUAUCACUAUGGAUAUUGAUGCUGAAAUGUAUAGAACACCAGUAGGAUAUUUACAGUAGGGAGUAAAUUGUAAGUUGUAAAAAUGAAAAACCUUGCAGUAAUUUAAAGCUUGUUGUAGUUACUUCAGAAUUUAAAGGGUUCCCUACUACGCAAGGAAAUAGAGUUGACUUUCUAGUUAUGCAAUGCACAAUAUCUGCUGGUAAGGGUAAUAUCCUUCACAAAGUCACUAUCAAGGAGGUAGAGUUUUAGUUUUCCGGCCAAUACAUCAGAAGAUAUUGAUCCUAUCUCAUCAGCAAAAGACAUCUGAUAUCGAUUGUAUCUUAGUAUGAACCAAAUCUAUCUGGCAGCUCUGAAUUAUGUAUCUUUAAAAUCAAUAAGUAUACCAAAGUCAGCAAGAUUAAGUUUCCAGGAUCAAAAUGACUUUCCCAUCACUAUAAACAUCCUCAUUGUCAUCAACCAACAGGUUAAUGGGAGAGCGAUCCAAAGUUACUCUAUAAAAAGGAGUGAAAAAGAGAGAGAGAGAGAGAUGCAACACACAAGCUCAUUACAUGGUUUACAAUAAAGAUCCCCUACCUGAAGCAGGUAAAGAAUUGGUAGCCGAUAGCUUUAUCGUCCGUCAGUUUUGGUGGAUACACCUAGUGUCAUUCCUACCCGUACCAAAGUCUCAAGUGAACGCAUACUAUUGUCUAGGAGAUCGUCAUCCAGUUUGAUUACGUCCUGCAAA